AUGCUGUCUCUAUCCUUCGGCGACGAUGAAGACGCACUUGACUUGGAAAUACCGCCGACCGACCUUGAGAUCUCCAUACCCGCCAUUCCUGAUGAUGCUAUCCUCGGCAGGGCCCGAGAUGAAUGGUCCUUCCUGCCUUCACCCGAAUAUUUUGGCCAUGAUCGAGACCCCACUUUGCAGACUUUCCUCCGAAAGCUCUACAUCGAGUCUUCUCCAUCAAUGAACGAUAAAGAAGGCCCAAUACUACCAUGCCACUUCGUGCCCUUCGGCCCGAGCAAGAAUUUCCAUGGCCGACACAAUGCUCUGACGGCUAUUGAGGAAGCGUUACUUCCUGAAUCUUUGUCCGCCUCUAACUCAGCGCUUGCGACCAAAGGCGAGACCAAUCCCAGGACCUUUGCCAUCUGCGGUCCUGGCGGAAUGGGCAAAACACAGGUAGCCAUCGAGUUCGUAUCGCGCCAUCGCGACAAAUUCGAUGCUGUCUUCUGGGUCCAUGCUAAUGACACGUCGAAGCUCGCGCAAGACUUCAACGAGAUCGCACUCAAGCUGGGCCUAGUCUCCAAAAGCUCGACUGACUUGAGAGAUUCUACAUACACGCGCAAGCUGGUGAGGAGAUGGCUGGUUGAGCCGUUGAAAAAUGUGAAGAACAAGGAGUCAGAUCUCGCAUCGUGGUUGCUUGUAUACGAUGGCAUUGAGGUCUCAAAUACUAUCAACGACUACUGGCCCUACGACGGUCCGGGGUCUAUACUCAUUACCAGUCGAAGCCCCUUUUCGUGGACUGUUUGCUGGCAUCUCAUCCCUUUCACACCUGCAGAAGCCACAGAGUUUCUUCUCAAGGUCACCCAAAGGAAAGGGGAUGCGCCAACUCGUGCUUCUGCUGCGGCUGUCAGUCAGAGAUUGGGUGGCCUUCCACUUGCACUAGCGCAGAUGGCCAGCGUGAUCAAGUAUCGAAACAUGACUUUCGAUCAAUUCACCCAAGCCUACAACGAAAGAGAGUCCCGACAAGAGCUUCUUGAAGCAACUCCCGACACUAACCUGCGUGGUCCGGGGUACGAACACAACCUCGCUUCAGUAUGGGCACUGGAGAAUCUCAAAUACGGAGCUACUCUGCUCAAUGCUUUGUCUAUGCUUGACUAUGACGGAAUAACAGAGCGUCUACUCAGUGAAAACCUCGGAAAAGUGGACCUCCCUGGCUUCCCUUCGACACUGGAAGACUAUCGAAUGGCAAAGGAUGAGCUUCUCCAAUCAUCUCUCAUCACCACCAACAGGUCACAAAAGAAGUUCUUUGUCCACAGAACAGUCCAGGAUGUUGCGCGAACGAGAAUGAGCAAUAAACAAUUCCGGGACACUUUCAUGGCAUGCGUGCGGAUGGUCGCUGCACUCUGGCCAUUCGAGUCCUUUACUUGGCGCCACGGAGUCGGGAGGUGGUGGGCUUGUGAGGAACUCUUUCCUCACGUGUUGAAAUUGAAAGAUCUUGGCAAUCGCACAGUACCAUCAGAGGAUGACCUGCCUGGUGACUACGGCUUUGCCAAGCUACUCAUUGAUGCAGGAUGUCACUACCUUCACGACAUGCGGGCCGCGUUGGCUGAAAUAACGCAUAAUCGCGGCUGCAUUGCAUCGGAGACAAAUGAGCCGUCAGUAGCGCUCGCGCAUUUCUCGAACUUCAACUCAAUGAUGGUAGCUGAGUUUGAGGCCAAGCCGCAGCUGCUACAGCGUGACAUGCGAUUAGCUAUCAGCUGGAACGAAUUGGGCAAUGCGCACAUGCUGAGUCGGCAAUGGGCACUGGGAGAAGAAUGCUACAAUCGCUCCAUCGAGACGAUGCGCCGCCUCGCCUUCUUCAAGGAAACUAACCUCUCCCCUCCCGUCGUAAACCUCAGCUUGUCUUUCUGGUUGCAGGGUAAGCUUGAUGCCGCUCUCGAUUACCUUGUCGCCGGCUUGCGCGAGCGCGAGAUGGCGUUUGGAAAUGACGACCGCGAGAGCUUUUUCACUGGCAGAUUCUUGCACGCCUUGGGCAACAUCAAGGCGGAGCUGGGAAAGAAAGAAGAGAGCUUCAUGUUCCAUCGCAAGGCGCUGCUGCAUUACAAGAGCACGCUGGGCAACAACCAUCAUCGAACGGCGGAUGUGUGCGUCAAGGUAGCCGAACAUUCGAUCAGGUUGAAGCAGAAGGACACAGCUAUGGCGUUGCUCGACCAUGCACUCAAAGCAUACAGCAACAGCGAGACGUAUGUCCCAGAAAAGGCGCGAGCACAGUUCAAGCGCAGCCAAGUGCUGAAGAUGAUGCAAAACAAGACUGAUGCAGACGAGGCUCUACAAGAGGCUGUGGAUUUAUAUUAUGAAGCUGCGGGUAAACAGGAAAACACGAAGAGGAAGAAAGCUGAAGAGUUGGUUGAUCAGGAUUUCGUCGAGUUGAUCGCAUUCUGGUCGAGGUAG